UUUUCUCCCCAAACCAGGAUUUUUCAUUCCCAAGGAGUGGCCGGAUGGAGGAGGAGGAAAAGCCCCGGAGAUGCCGCACGAGGAGGGGCUGCAAACCCAGCGCAGGGAGCUGUGAGGAGCAAAGACCCCCCCUGUGCCAGGAGGGCGGCCGGAGAUCCAGCCAGAGCUCAGAGCUGGUGGAGAAGCCUCAUGGAGGGGAGAAGCCCCACAAGUGCUUGGAAUGUGGGAAGGGUUUCAGCCAGAGCUUUAACCUGAUCCGGCACCAGGUGAUCCACACUGGGGAACGGCCCUAUGAGUGUGGGGAGUGUGGGAAGAGCUUCAGCCAGAGCUCCAGUCUGAUCCAGCACAAGAGGAUCCACACUGGUGAACGGCCCUUUGAGUGUGGGGAGUGUGGGAGCAGCUUCAGCUAUAGCUCCAACCUGAGGAAACACCAGAGGAUCCACGUUGGGGAGAAGCCCUACGAGUGUGGGGAAUGUGGGAAGAGCUUCAGAGACAGCUCCAGUCUGAACCAGCACCAGGUGAUCCACACUGGGGAAGGGCUCUACACCUGCCUGGAAUGUGGGAAGGGCUUUGGAUGGAGCUCCAGCCUGAGGAAUCACCAGCGCAUCCACACUGGGGAGAGGCCCUACGAGUGUCCCGAGUGUGGGAAGGGGUUUCACACCAGCUCCACUCUCCUCGUACAUCAGCGGAUUCACACAGAGGAGAGGCCCUUCCGCUGCCCCGACUGCGGGAAGGGCUUCAAGCGCAACUCACACCUCAUCAGGCACCAGCGCAUCCACACCGGGGAGAGGCCCUACGAGUGUCCUGAGUGUGGGAAGAGCUUCUCCAGGGGUUCUCACUUGACCCAACACCAACGGAGGCACCGCUAAGGGAAGCCCUGCGAAUGCCCCGAGAGCGGGAAGAGCUUCGUGCGCUGCUCCAGCUCCAUCCCCCGUGGGAGGAUCGGCCUUGGAUGAUCCCCAGUGACCCCCGUUGGGCAGAGCCCUGCUGAUCCGUGGUCCUGGUGAUCCGUGUUGGGAAGACACCUGACUGGGAUGCUCCUCAUUUUCCUGGCUCCCUGUGGGCACCUGGAUCAAUGCAGGUGGAGGAACAUCCAUUGAGACACAGACCGACAUUGGGAAUUCCUUGGGCAGAAUGGAUUUGUUGACUUUCACCCCCAGACAAUCCUUUCCAUUCAAUCCUAUCAUCUGGUGGCAUCAAGGAAUACUGGAUGGUCUUGGAGGUCUUUUCCAGUCUCAGGGAUUCCACGAUUUUGAUUUCCUGUUGCCCAAGUGUGUCUUGCACAGCCAAAUAGUGAAGAUGAAGUGCAGGAACCAAGAUUUUGGAGACAGUGGGGUGGAAACCCCUCCAAAAAGGGUUCUUCCCUCCCAGCCAGGCACAUGGAUCCUCAGCUGGCACAGACACAGAAAUCCUUUUUCUUUGACCUUGAUUUGUUGUUCAUUUCUCUUCAUCACUUUAAAAUGUCCAACAUUGUGGUAAAAAUAAAGAGAUUGAACUGGGACAUGGGUGAGGACAUGGGGGACAUAGACAUGGUGGGACAUAGACAUGGAGAGUGACAUGGGGACACAUGGACAGGGAUGUGGCCAUUCAUGGGGACAUGAGGGGAAAUGGGCACAGCUGGAGAUGUGGGGGACAAUGACAGGGAUGGAUUUGUGGUGGGGAGACAGCCAUGGGUGAGGACAUGGUGGGACAUGGCCAGUGACAUGUGGGGACAUGGCCAUGGCCGGUGCCGUGGGGGGAACUUGCAGGGGCUGUGGGGGAUGCUGGGUUUGAGGGAGUUGAGGGUUCCUGGGAGGGACUUGGGGCUUGCUGAGGGCUUUGGGGAGCCCAGAGCUGGGAGACCCUGGCAGAGGUUGUGGGGCAGCUGCUCAAGGAGCCCCUGAGCUGGACCCCCAGGUGGGCAUUGGGCUCCUGGAAGGGAAUGAAGGUCCUUGUCCCCAGGAGGGAAAUCCCAGCAGCCCCAGGGUAUUGGGGGCAGCUGAGAGGCCACAACAAGGAGGGGAAAGCCAAACAGAGUUGUCCCCCUGCAGAACUGCACCCCAAAAAUCCCCAAACUCAGGGCUCCUCUCAGGAAAAAGCUGUCAGGAGGUGCCUGAAUUGAGGGAAAGGGGGAUGGGACCUCAGACUGAGCAGGAGGGGCCUGGAACCUCCAAAACCAAGCAUGAUGGACAGGGCUGGUGGA